CAUUUUCUCGAUGAGUAAUAAUUUUGAAUUUCCCAAUAUAUUUUUACUUUUUUUUGUUCCCAUUUUAAUGGUUUCCGACUGGAAACACAUACAAAGAUAACAGUUAGGAAAUGCUCUAAAAUAACUAUUUCGUUGUAUUAAUAUGUAACCAAAUAUGUCUCUCUUCAAUUUUAUUUUAGUUUUAAAUAUAUUUGCAACGGGUUCUAAUGCUUUAUUUAUUAAAAAAUAUGAUACAAUUAAGGCAGCUGAUAUAAAACAUGUGAUAGUGAAGAGAGGUCUAACAGAUAGUUACCAUCCAUAUAAUAAGAUCAAAGAGCUUCAUUUCAAUACUCUGGGAAAGUAUUUUCGAUUAGUAUUAAGCCCUAACAAUGAUAUUCUUCAUUCUAAUUUUAAAUCUUAUGAAAUUGACGAGACUGGAAACGAACAACUUAUACAUAUCGAUAAGGAAGAAUUCUAUACAGGAAGAGUAUUUGGUGAAAAAUCCUCCAAUGUUUCUUUGCACAUAGACAAUGGCAUGUUGACAGGAACUAUUGAGCUAGAAAAAGAUACUUACCACUUUGAACCCGCCUGGAGACAUUUAUCAGGUAAAGAUAAUGAAACAAUAAUGGCUUACAAGCAGUCAGAUGUAAAACUUGAUUGGGAUAAAGAUGAAGCACUACUUGGAACAAAGUCAUGUGGUGUAGAACCUGAUGAUUAUGUUUUUGAGAGCUAUGAUAAUUCUUCAUUAGUCAGGGAUAAACGCCAAAUCAUCUUUUAUGAAGAAAACAAUUUUGUUCCAACAAGAACAAGAUGCUCUCUUUUAUUAGUCGCUGAUUAUACAUUCUAUAAAAACAUGGGAGGAUCCAGUACGAAAAAAACAACAAAUUAUCUGAUCAAUCUGAUUGAUCGAGUGCACAAGAUAUACAACAGCACCGUCUGGAGGGAACAUCCUCAAGGUCCAGGAUUUGAAGGAAUGGGUUUCUUGAUAAAGAAAAUUGUUGUUCAUAGUUCUCCCACAAAAACUUAUGAUGAUGCCCAUUAUAAUAUGGAUCGAAGAAAUAUGAAUAAGUGGAAUGUGCGCCAUCUCUUGGAGGUAUUUUCACGAAACCCAGACAAUAAGAAUUUCUGUCUUGCUCACUUGUUCACCCACCAAACCUUCAAAACUAGUAAUUCAGUAGUGCUAGGCUUGGCUUAUAUUGCUUCACCAAGAAUCAGCUCCCAUGGAGGCAUCUGCACGAAAGAAUUCAUCAAAGACGGAUACAGAGUAUACCUUAAUUCCGGUCUGAGUUCCACCAGUAACCACUACGGUCAAAGAGUGAUAACGCGGGAGGCAGAAUUAGUUACGGCCCAUGAGUUCGGACAUAAUUGGGGAUCUGAACAUGAUCCGGAUAUUCCAGAAUGUUCGCCAAGUUCCAAAAACAACGGAUCCUACCUGAUGUACUCCUAUUCAGUCAGCGGAUACGAUAAGAAUAAUAAAGAAUUUUCGCCUUGCAGUAUUCGUUCCAUCAGGAAAGUGUUAGAAGCCAAGUCGCAUCUGUGUUUUUCUGUACCGGAGAAUAGUUUCUGUGGUAACUCUAAAGUCGAGGAAGGAGAAGAGUGUGAUGCUGGUUUGUUUGGAACCGAGGAUACCGACAACUGUUGUGAUAAGGAGUGUAGACUGCGCAGAGGCGCUGUUUGCAGUGAUAAAAAUUCUCCAUGUUGCCAAGGUUGUCAGUACUCUCCUCCGGGCACUGUUUGUCGGAAUGCCCAGUACAGCACUUGUGAAGGACAAUCCGUAUGUACAGGGUGGCAUCCGAACUGUCCACCAAGUCCCCCAGUCCGGGAUGGCUUGGAUUGUCAAGAGAAGGGAAAAUGUUCUGGGGGCCGUUGUGUUCCUUUCUGCGAAACUAGAGGACUGCAAAGUUGCAUGUGUGACAAAGCUGAAAACGCUUGCAAGAGGUGCUGCCGCUCAUCCUUUGAAGGAAUUUGUUUGCCUCCGGAGCCAGACAGUAUUUUACCAGAUGGAACACCCUGUAUGUAUGGGUUCUGUAUGAAUGGACGUUGUGAGAAAACAAGACCAGAAUUUGUGGAACGAUUCUGGAGAAUCAUCGAAAAAAUCAGUAUUAACAAGAUACUGCAAUUUUUCAGAGAUAAUAUUGUGGGUAGUGUGAUAAUAAUAACAGCAUCAAUCUGGAUACCAGCUUGUUAUUUCAUCAACAAGGUGGACGAGAAGCGAAGAAGAGAAAAACUAGAAGCGCAAUGCCAAGAUUUCUUCGAUCCGGCAGAGAUAGAUCAAGUUAUACAUGUCAGGGUGCCAAGACCUAGACAUCAAACAGGGCAUCAUAAAAAAAGACCAUUAUAAAUAUAGACGAUAAUAAAGUAAUUAAUAUGUAUUAAAUUUUUAUAGAAACUUUAUAACAAAUUAUACUUAUUAAUGAAAAUAUAUUAUAUAUUUCUA